ACAACUGUACUAUUAUCAAAAUGUUCAAACUUGUGUUGAUCUGCGCUGUUAUCGGCAUGGCUGCCGCCGUGGGAAUUGUUCCUAGCGAUGAUUUGAAGGCCGAAGUGCUGAUCCAAAAGGAGGAUGUGCGUGCAGAUGGAUUUGAAGCCGUGUUGGAGACAAGCAACUCCAUCAAUCGGAAGGAGAGCGGCGAUGAGAAGGGCAAUAUCCAAGGCGUCUUCAGCUGGGUCUCCCCCGAGGGCGAGAAGAUCGAAGUGAGCUAUGUGGCCGAUGAGAAUGGAUACCAGCCCAAGAGCGAUUCUCUGCCCACUCCUCCCCCAAUCCCAGAUGAAAUUCAGCGUGCUCUGAAAUGGAUUGCUGCCAACCCACCCGCACCUGGUAGCAAAAUCUAAAGCUAAAGCAAAAACUGAAAUGAUUGAUCUGAUCCUGCAAUAGACAUCUAUCGAGUAUAGUAUAAGAAUGUAUAUAUUAUACAGAUAUGUCGAAAAA